AUGGCUAUUCACAUCAAAGACGCUGAUGACCUCAAGACUAGACUGUCCGAGGCUGGCGAGAAACUCGUGGUCAUCGACUUCAUGGCCACCUGGUGCGGACCGUGCAAGAUGAUCGGACCCAAACUAGAAGAGCUUGCCAAUGAAAUGGCAGACUCUAUUGUCGUACUUAAGGUUGACGUAGACCAGUGCGAAGACGUCGCAGCUGAAUACAACAUCAACGCCAUGCCCACUUUCGUAUUCUUGAAGAGCUCCCAGAAGUUGGAGGAAUUCUCCGGCGCAAACGUCGACAAGCUAAAGAACACCAUCCUUAAACUGAAGUAAAAAUGUUAAUGUUACACAGCGGUGUGUACGCUGCCUUAUGCCGCAGGCGGACACCUAAAACUGGCAUUACAUUAAAAGAGCUUUUUAUUAUAUAGUGGAUAUGUCACUUUCGUUACAGAUUAAAAAUGUUUUAAGUUUUCAUUGGUUAUUUUUUAUUUUUUAAAUAAACUCUAUUUUGGGCUAAGACACAAAGUCAAAUGCAUUUAUACCUUUAAUUUAACCAGUCUAGUAAAAUUGUGAUUAAGAUAAAAUAAUGUCAUCUCAUACUAGCUACUAUGACUAGUUCAAAAUAUGAUUUUUCUUAGAAAAAAAACAGUGUUUUACAUAUUUUAAUGUAAUACUUGUUCGCUACAAUAAUUUGUAAAAACAAUAUAUUUUUUUUAUUCCUUUGCUCUGCUUGAUAUUUAUAUUUUAAACAUUGUAUGCAAAGAAUAAACAUUAAAAAUAAUAAACAAGUAAUGAAAUAUUUUUGUAUCGGCCGUAAAGUGUCUUAUCGAAACUCCGUUAGUUUUGUAAAGUAGCACGUAGUUAUGCAUUUUGCACAAGUUUUAGAACGCGUACAUGCCCGUAAAUGUAUUAAUUUCUCUGUAUUGCAUUAUAAUAUAUAUGUUACAACGUAUUGUUACUACAAUGAAAUGUCUUAUUUAA